AUGCAAAGGUUACACUGCGCCGAGCCCAAUGGGGCACCGAUUGUACAAGCAGAGGAUGUACUCUACCUCGCCCAGCCUCACCCACCACAGAAGAGACCAGUCCUCGCAGAGCCAGAUAUUUAUAAAAAGCGAAUAUGUGGCCAGAAACGGGAUCUGGUUCUCCCUGAGACAGUUAAGAUGGGGAAACCAUCCCACCUGGCUUUCAUCGUGCGGAAGGAGUCACCAUGGGAGACCUACAGGAAGGUCUAUGACUGCAACCUGGAUGGUCCUCUUGUAGUAGCGAUACCGCGGAUUCACCCAAGUCGGCUUGUGGCAAUCAGGUCAAUCAAGAGGAAAGACAUCAACGAGAUACCCCGCUUCUUUGAACGCCUGCAACACCCCUGUAUCCAUACUUGUCAACAAUGCUUUUUAGACCAGGACCUAGUCUUCCUCCUCUACGAGUAUAUCCCCAUCUCAUUGGACCAUAUCGUUGCUUGCGAGGCCUACCUAAAUGAAACGGAGCUUGCUGCGGUUUUAGCACAGUGGAAGGUCCUCGAAGGCCUGCUAUAUAUAUCAAGCCAGCGACUUGAGCAUCCACAACUAACAACUAUCAAUAUUUUGGCAACGGAGAAGGGAGAGGUCAAAAUUGGUGCCCUCGACGUAUGUGUACCACUGAGCGCACAUCAAGCCCCGCAUUAUUCCCAGGCCUUGAAGGCAAUCACAAUGGAACUGAUGCAGAAAUACAACGACAGACAUAGCGAGAUCAGGGUAGAUGGUACGCAACGGUGGUCCGACAACUCGUUUAGAACAAGCUUUCUCUCCUCAAUUACAUCAGAUGUGUCGAUAGAGAGACUGCGAGAGAAACUCGGUGGUGCAAGGGUCAUCUGA